AUGCUCAGCAUCCUUGCUCUCCUGCUCGUCACUGUCUCUCCGGUGGGGGCCUCCAAGCGGUGUCCCCACCUCUGCCUCUGCUAUGAGUCCUCAGACCUGGUGGACUGCCACGCCCGUGGCUUCGUCCAGGUGCCCCACGGUCUGCCCCACGGCACCUGGCUCCUAGACCUAGGUGGUAAUAAUCUGGUGGAACUGCGGAGCCGCGCCUUUGCCGGACUGUGGUCCCUUAGGAUCCUGGUUCUGUCCAGCAGCGGACUCCAGCUUCUGCAACCACAGGCACUCUCCUCCCUGUCCUUCCUAGAGAAGCUCGACAUGAGCUACAACGAGCUUCGGAGGCUGCCCCCAGAUUUCUCCCAGAGCCUGUCCUCCUUGCGGGAGCUGCGGCUGGACCACAACCACCUGGAGAGCCUUGACCUCCAGAGCCUGGAGCGCCUGGAGAGCCUGGAGAAGCUGGACCUCAGCCACAACCACAUCCAGAUGGUGGAGCUGGGCGCGCUGCGGGGCCUCUCUCGCCUGCGCCACCUCUACCUGCAGGCCAAUCAGCUGACGGCGCUGCAGGAGGGCACGCUUACCAUGCUGCUGGGGCUGGAGGUGCUGCUGCUGGGCCAGAACAACAUCUCCCGAAUUGAGACGGAGGCCCUAGCCUCCCUGCACAGCCUUUCCCUGCUGGGCCUGGAGGACAACCAGCUCAAGCACCUCCGGUUCAAGACCUUCCUCAACCUGCACACCCCCGGCACCCACCUGCAGCUGGCGGGCAACCCGUGGAGCUGCGACUGCGACCUGCACCGCGUCUUCAGCAAGCUUCUGAGCGUGCGCCACCUGCACGUGGACGACUACCGCAACAUCACCUGCCACGAGCCAGUGCAGCUGGCCGGCGCCUCCCUGGCCUGGGUGGACAGCCAGCUGUGCUUCGCCGAGACCGCCACCGUGCUGGUCAUCACCGUCACCGUGCUCGUCACCGUCGUCGCGGCCAUCGUCAUGGCCGAGCGCAACCGCAAGAAGAACCAGGGCAAGGGCGGGGGGGACUCGGAGUCGGACAUGCAGGAGAAGUAG